AUGGCAGAUUUGACCGCGUUUUCUGCGCAGGAGGCGAUCAUGUCUCAGCUGAUCUUCCUCGAUGGAUGGGAAAGAUCUCAUGACAAGGAUAAUGAGGCACCGCAACAAAUCACCGAGUUGCACAUCGUUAGACCUUAUCUCAAAAAUGUAUCCCUAGGCUCUGCGGAAUGGGACGAAGACAAAGUUGGCCGUCUGAUUAACCAACACUUGCUGACAAGCAUGCAACCACCCUCAAAUGCGAAGAGUACUAUGAAGUCUCUGGAUACCACUGCUGCUACUCUCGCCGAACCUGUUACGCGCAGUCCUGGAAAGUCUUGGCCCAAAAUAGAUGGUACCUCUACCGAACCUGUGGUCAAAGGAAAGAAACGCGACUUUGGAAAUCGUAUUGAGGAGAUCUCUAAAACAAAGUUGGCCAGGCACACCUCAAAAGCUUGGUCGUUCCUCCGAAACGACCCUCAGCCAAUCCAGUCCGUACCUCACUGUCGUAUUGGCCCGGAUGACGACGAUCUGAUAUCGUUCGAAAAUGACCCUGAUGAAAUUAAGGGCGAGCCCAUCGAGGCCAGCCUUCCCCUUAUCGGCCAAGUCCCUGUGCUGAAUGCCGAAGAUGUUCAUGUUGACGCUGCACCGAUCCCCGAAGAGGUCGAAACUGUCAAGUGCUUCACUUGUGGUCUCUCAUCCGCCAAAUCACUGAUCAUGUGCCCUUGUGAUCACAAGUACUGUGCUGAGUGUCUUUGCGGCAUGGUCAAGUCUUCUCUUCGUGACGACAUCCCAUUUCCGCCUGCCUGCUGCGAAAAGCCUAUUACUAUUGAUGUAAACGCGGGAUUCUUUGACAAAAAUACUUUGUGUGACUUCUUCGCCAGGAAGUUUGGGAUUGCCUACAUAACGCCAUCUCCGAAAAAGAUACCACCUCAAGUUCACGGCGUGGACUUGGGCACAUCAAAGAACGAAGGUCUUUGCUAUCUCUGCAAGCGUGUCAAUGAGAAGGACUCUUGUAAGUUGAACGAACCAGUCAUCCGGAUCCUGACUAAUAUCUGCCCAGUUUGCCCUGACUGCUGCUACCGUUGUAAUCGCAACCGCACAUCAUGCCCCUGCGCUGCAAAUGGCAACGCAUUCGAUCCAAAGGCUCCCGUAUUCCGCCCGACAAACAACAGUAACAAAUCCGGAAAGCGAGACUCAACUCUUCUUGUUCGGCUACCCCCCAAUCACAAACGUGAACACUUGCUAAUGGAAAACAGGAACGAGCCGGGAGGGCGGUUUGACUGCUUUAUCCUUUGUACACUGUGGCCGGUCCUACCAAGUCUGUGGGAAUUAUGA